UACACCGUUUAUAUUAUAAGUAUGAGUGAGGUGCAUUGUAUUAACGAUAAGCCAACACAUUUAUACAGACUAUAUAAAAUACAGAAUAUAUAAAUGUGCAGUCUCCAUCACGCACACAUACCUCUACUAGAGGCAGCUAACCUGCUAGUGACUGCUAGCCUACAGGUAGUUUAAAAAUGGCUGCCGUGAGGUAAACUUGGAAGCCAAGUGCGCCGAGUGCGUUGGCAUUUUAUUGUAGUUAAAAUAUAUGGUACUUAAAACAUAUACUUAUUAUGUGUCUGCUAAUAUCUGAUAUGUAGUGUUCUCGUUAUAAAAGGAAGAUACGGUCAAUUAAUUGGUUGUGAAUAAAUAAUAAUAAUAACAAUAGAAUUAUAACGAAAUACUUGAUUGUAAAUAAUUAUAAGUAAAGUUUUAUUAAGAAUUGCAAGACGACGAGUUAAUUAACUAGUAUUUUUUCUUUAAAUUUUAGUUUAUUAUUAUUAAAUUUCACUUUCUUACUUAAUUUUUACCGACUGAUAUAUCUAUCGAUUAAACUCUACAAUUGGGCUCUCAGGCUGCUAAAAAAUAUUUCAAAUAACAUCAUGUGAAAUGUAGAAUAAAACAAAGAACGUUGAUAAAGCCAAUCUACUGUUCAAUGAAAUAUUGUGCGAGUUGUGCGUUCAUUUCCACGCCAUGUGUUUGAAGGAAUAAUUCUUAAUUCAGUAAAUAUAGCUGUAAAAGUUACAAACACAUCGCCAUGGAGCACGCAGAUCUAGUCGCAGAGAUGGUGCAUGUAGAAAGACUGACAACACAAGACAGAUUACACCUUGCUCGACAUCGCAGGCUUCAGCAGCUCAAAGUUUGGCGCCAAAGAGAAAAAGAAUGGCUACGUCAUCAAGUACGCCACUCAAUUAGUAAUAAAAGGCAUAUUUACUUUGAUGAUAGUGUCAUGUUAUUAGAAGCUGCAUCUAGAAAUGACAUUGAUGAAGUAAGAAGGCUGUUAAAAAAAGGCGUCAAUCCAGAUUCAACUAAUGAAGAUGGUUUAACUGCACUUCAUCAAUGUUGUAUUGAUGACAAUGAAGAAAUGAUGAAGUUGCUCGUAGAGUUUGGAGCAAAUGUUAAUGCUGAAGAUAGUGAGAAAUGGACACCUUUGCAUGCUGCUGCUACUUGCGGUCAUUUACAUCUUGUGCGGUAUUUAAUAUUAGCUGGUGCUAAUCUCCUUGCUGUUAAUGCGGAUGGUAAUAUGCCUUAUGAUAUCUGUGAAGAUGAAAAAACUUUGGAUUGCAUCGAAGGAGAAAUGGCGAGUCGAGGAGUUACUCAAGAAUUAAUUGAUGAAACUCGAGCAUCUACAGAAGUGGAGAUGCUACAAGAUAUGCAAAAAUUAGUAGCUUUAGGUGAAGAUUUGGAGUAUAAAGAUCAUCAAGGAGCUACACCUCUUCAUAUAGCUGCAGCUAAUGGUUACCUUCGAGUGGUUGAGUAUCUUCUAGAUCAACAUGUCUCGACUGAUGUAGAAGAUAACGACAAGUGGCAGCCAGUUCAUGCAGCAGCAUGUUGGGGUCAUUUGGAAGUUCUUGAGUUAUUGGUGCAAAACGGAGCAGAUUUGAACGCAAAGAAUAAGCAUGAUGAGACGCCUGCAGAUAUUUGCGAAGAUCCCGAGAUACGAGAACGAAUUGUCGAGUUGAAGACUGAACAGGAAAGUAAAAAAUUACGAGAAGCACAAAGUAAACGUGUUCGUCGAUCACAAAGUAUUAAUACUAGAACGCAAAGUGUGAGAAGAACAUCUAUUAGGGACAAAGUACUUACGACUAAAAAAGAUGCUCAAGAAGAAGCAAGGUUGAGGCUACAAGCACAACAGACGUACGUCGCUCCCACAACAAAAUGUAUGGAACCACUGCCGUCUGCCAAUGGCACAAAUCUUCAAGACAAAACGUCAGAUGAGUCAGAUUCUGCUGCAUUAACACCAGCUGUUCGUCGAGGUCCUGAAGGAAAAGACAAUGAUUCUUUUCUCCACGAAGACGUAGACAAAGAUUCAGGAUCCGACUCACAUGUCAACGGUCAACAACCGAUUUAUACUACCGAGAGUGAUGCUAAUGGCAAGAUCAAUAUCCACGUGUCCGUAGUUUUCGUCAAGUCUCUGUCUGAUCUGAAAAAACAACGAGCCCAAAGCCGACACACAAAUCCAGCAACAGCAGCAUUGGAUCCAAAUAGUAACGGGGUUUCAGUUCCUUCAAUAGCUGAUAGUGAUAUAACUGCAACUGACUUCCAACGUUUCUCUGGAAAUACUAGUGAAAUACUUGGUGAUAGCCAAUCUGAGCAACGAUGUUGCGUUAUAAUGUAGUGUGAGUAUUAUUAUGCAGUGUACGAUACAGUAUAUAACGACAUGGACUUUAAGAUACUGCCUUAUCUUAUUUAAUAAUUAAUUAUUCAUAAUUCGUAGCUGUUUACUGUAUACCAUGUCUAUUAUUAUAUACUUGGUACAUAACUGUAUUCUAUACAUUAUUAACUUUUGUAAAUAUUCCGAAUUUUUAGUGCACGUAUUUACAAUUUUUAUGAUUAUUAUAUGCAGUUAUUUAGUGAAUA